AUGCGUUGCAAACAUUUGAAACUGGAGACUAGGCGUUUCAACGAAGUUUUGGAGUUGAAGCAUAAGCUGGACAUUAUGCAAACAAAUCAACUUCAACCUAUUGCUUCAAUGGCGCAUGACUAUGAAUUCUUAACAAAUGCCGAGCGAAACAUUGCGCCCUCGCCUACUUUUCUGUGGGAAGAAGCCACUAGUACGGAAACAUGUAAUCGCCCACCAACACCCGAAGAGGACUUGUUCCACGGAGUAUUUGCACGUGAUGUGAGGGGUUCUUCUCGCGCACGGAGAUCAUAUCGAGCUCAACUCAGCGAUUCUCCAAGUGAAAGGGAGAAACGAAAAGUAGGAAGUGUUGACGUUCGAAUAAGAUGUUAA